CCUCUUUCUUAUAAGCCAGAAAAUUUUCUCUCCUCCCUCCGGCUCUCUCCUCUCCUCCGAUUUUUCUCUUCUUUCCCUCGUCCUCUCCUUUGGCUCUUCGUCGUGGGAAGUUACCAUCCUGCCCCUGGUGGGUCCCACCAUUUUCUUAGAUAAUUAUUUUCCCUUUUUUUCGCCUCUCGUUUUUCUUUCCCCUCUUCAUAUUUUUUUCCCACCCCAAAGAGAAAGACGGCCUCGUUCGCUCGCUGGGUGGUGACGUGGCCGGUUAAGGAGAGCCGUCGGAUAUGUCGCUGAGCGAGAAGCUGGAGGCGGCGCGCGUGGCGCUAGGCAAGCGCAAGGAGCGGGAGCUGCAGGCGCAGCUGCAGCAGAUGGGCCCCACCCCCUCUCCAGCCGCUGCCACGGCUAAAGCUAAAGCCGAGCUGUCCAGCAAGCCGCUUGGAGGAGGCAACGGCAACAAGCUCCUGGCCGGGAACCUGGCCCACGAGUUCCUCACCCGCGGCACCGUGCUGGGCCGCCGGGUCGAGCCGGCCCCCGCGGCCCCGGGCCGCCGGAUCGAGCCGGCGUGGCAGCCCGCUCGGCCCGAGCCCGAGCCGAAGCGCAGGUACGCCGAGGUGUCCUGGCUACUCAUGGCCAACGGGGCCCACAUCCCCGGCGUCGUCAACCCCACCCAGCUCGCCCACUGGCUCCAGAUUAAGGACUGAAGCCGCGCCGCCCACCCCACCGCGCCAUUUGCGCCCGCCCCAAGGAUGGAUGGAAGAAGAAGCCACCAACACUAAGCGGUUUCGCCGUCCGAUCCCCCUCCCCAUCCUCCUCUAGUCAAUUACUUACUAGCUCUUCUUCUUAGAUCUAGCCAGAAAACUAUUACUGUUGUUGUUGUUGUACUUAGCUAUAUUGUCUAUCUCUGUUCGAUGCAUUGCCAUUACCAGUACGCAUUCAUCUCCUUUUUCA